AUGCAAGUCCUGACGUGUAAGCCUACUAUCGACCCUGGAAUGCAGCUAGUACCACGUAAAAGCAAGAACGUGGUAAAGCAUUAUGGUAGAGUAUUCCUCUGGAACGCUUUAACCGAAGCCCUGCGAGUGGCGGCGGUCGCUGAACUUCGUGUUCGCUGUCACUUUACCACGACCGAUCGUCAUAACGACCGGCCAGAUAGCUGCUCUGGGGCUUGUCCCGGUGACGAGGAUAUUGCCACCACAGUCAAUAGAAAUCGUCAACGUCGUUGA